AUGGUGUGUGUACCGAGGCUGAUGGUGGCGGAAGAUUGGGACUCCCCAUACUCGUUCUUCAACCCGGAAUAUCAUAUCAAGAACAAAGACGGCUCCACACGAGUCAUAGACGGGGGUUUAGGAAGAUUUCUUGGAGUUUGGAAUGCGUGCGUCAACGUCAUAUACUCUUAUGUAGCGGUGGAUAUAUUCGCAGCAACGGCAGCUGAGAGUAGAUCUCUCGCAGAUUCAGAGUGUAUGAAAAUGGCUGCUCGAAAGAUAACACUCCGGAUUAUCAUACUGUACGUUCUGGCAAUGCUAACAUGCUCCUUUCUUGUACCUUAUAAUCAUCCAUUCCUCAAUGGACAAGCGGUUUCAUUAGCCACGGAGUCACCAUUCGUGAUUGCGGUUGUCGAAGCCGGUCUUCCAAUUGCAGGAGAGUUUUUCAAUGGGAUGUAUCUGUUCUCCUCGUUCACCUGCGCGGUAAACUCUGUAUACGUUGCGUCGCGAGUGAUGCAUACGUUGGCUCUAAGGGACCAAACAGGGCCCGAGUUCAUAACCAAGAGGCUACAACAAUGCCAUGCCGGGGUACCGACGAGAGCUGUACUUGUGACGGUGGCCAUACUGGCCUUGGGGUAUCUGGGGCCAGGAACAGGGCCAGGAGAUCGGCUACGUGAGCUUUCGUCUAACUGCACAGUAUCAUUUCUCAUUGUAUACGGGAUUAUAUGUGCAACAUACCUUCGCUUUUAUCUGACGCUGCAGGAGGAGAAUAAACUUGGCAAUACCGCCGAGUCACAAAAUGGCGUUUACGAUCGUCAAAAUCCACGUUAUCCCUAUAAAUCGCACGGGCAGUGGUUGAAGGCUAGUUUUGGCAUGGUGGCAUGUUUUAUACUCCUUGUUUUCAAUGGGAUUCCUCCGUUCCUCAAGGAUCCGUUUGAUGUCCGGGCAUUCAUUGUUUCAUACAUCAGCCUGCCGGUCUUCGUCCUGCUACUUGUUGGCUACAAGAUACGUAGGCAUGGCCUUCGGCUGUCAUACUGGGGUGCAGAGUGCUCCAACGACCUACGCAACUGCGUACAAACAACAAGUGGAACCCAUAGGAAGGGGAGACUGAUAUUUCCUGACCAUGGGCCAACCCGGAGAAAUUGGAGAACUUUCUUUGCAUGGGUUUGGGCUUGGGUGAAGUGA